GCCCUUAUUUACCGAAAACCAAACAAUGACGUCGUUACUUUUGUUUUCAAGUAUGGACAAAUUCCUGUUCAACAACUACAGGAAACACAAUCCGCACAUAUUUGGGUCAUUAAUAAAAAACGAUAUUUGGCCGCCUUGAUAAUUCAUGUCCUAAAAGAGAGGAAGUCAUCUGGAAUGAUACGAAUGAAAAGUUAUCCGAGUUUUAACUGACGCGUUGUGACUGAACCUGAUAAAAUCUUGAAUAUUCUUCAAUGUAAGUAAAGGCGGUUGGACUUCAGGUUGGUCUUCGGCAGUUGUGAUUGCUGGGGUUUUACAGUGCAAACGGUGCGUAGUAUUUGUUCACGAUAAGCGAUGAUUCGAGUUCAUGGAAUAUUUUAUGAGAACUUAAGACACUUGGGCUAAGCCUUUCAAUAUCUAUUACAUUAUACGUCAUUGGAACACAUAUAAGAUAUACAUACAUUACCGCUUAUGUGCUAUUCCUAAGACGUUCCUGAUAGAAACGAAAUGUGAUGCGCUUGAGACGACAUUAGAAAUAUAUGAAAACUGGAAUACCCUUUCACUUUUACAGAGCCAUUAACAAUGGAGAUUCACGAUGUGAUGCUUCUCUUCAUAGCUGCUGUCUUGACAACAGCCACAGGUAUGCACGCAUAUUUUUUAUGUGACUUUAUUCUGCGUUAUGUAAUCAAACGACUACAAUAUAUAAUUCACUGCUCGACCACAAAAUACUCGACGCGACGCCCCUAUCAAACCGUCUUUCUCGAGGGUUUAGCCUAAUUUUGCGGGUCUUUGCGGGGCUCAGUCGUUGAAGAGGCGAUUACUACCUUCAGUCUUCGAAGAGGAGUCGAUCUUUCGAUAUCUAAUGUGUGCUCAGUCAACGGACCGAAUGUGUACAUAGCUUCCAAUGAAAUAUUUGUGUGAAUCGUCUAAUCUGGCAAGAAAAUCGAAUGACUUGGAAUCAUUUGCACGUCAGGCAAAAGCGAUGGACAGAAAUGACCGACAAAAAAAACCUUCAGAGGUGGCCUGUGUUUAUUUGGAAAUGUUUGGAAUUAAUUACAACACAUAAAUGUUGUUGCUGGAUUGGCGAUCAAACACAAACAAAAUAAUGAAUAUAUGAUGUUGGCAUGAAUGAAAGCUGAUAUUUAGUCUAAUUGCAAUUGUGCCAAAAAUAACUGUUUAAGUUGAAGCUUCCUUUGUGCUAAACACAAGACACUGUUGUAUGCUUUCUUCACAUUUUCAGUUGUGAAAGAUAAUUAGGCAAACUUUUAAACAAGCGCCGCCAAAGGUGGCAUUUUAUCUUUAUUCUUUUGACUUUUGACCCACUAGAUAGAAAAUGGAAUAAAUAGAAUGGAUGAACACUCAUGUAACCUACCGGCAACCUUCAGAGCUGUAAGUUUUAACCAGACCUUUUUGCGCGAGGGAGGAAAUUGUGCCUCUGAUUUCUCGCUUCGUUUCGGGAUUUUUAACGUCCGAACUUAGCCUUUGCAGCUCUGAUUGCGACGGAAGUAAACUGUCAAACAUUUUUUGAGUUGGGACGGUAGAGGAACGCCUUAUUGCUGCCUUGCCUAUCGUAAUCGCUUUUCCAGGAAUUUUACCUUGAAUUAGUAGUACGUCGGCUUUACUUCGGUGGAACAAAUACCUUAGCCGUGUUAUUUCACUAACGAAAAAAAAUUUUAUUGCUGGAAUAGCGAAUUCAAACUGAAUGUUUUUUUCAGGUUUCAAAUUCGUCCAGCUUUUAACUUUACGCCGACAUGGCUGACAGGAUUGAAGAUAAAUUAAAAUUUUCUCUGGCCAAAAUUUAAGGCUCGUAAUAGCCGGGGCUUCGUUUUUCGGUUGUAAACGAAACUGACUUGUACAAAAAACGCUAUAUUAUUUCUAUCAUUCCCUCUUUUUUAAAAAGUUACAUUUAUUUUCUCAAAUGACUUUAUCAAAUUUAAGUACGAGUAAUUAACACCCUAUAUCUCAGUCAGCAUGCAUACAUCUUAACAUCUUUAAGGUGACGAGAAGAAGAGAAUCGUCGAAUAAGGUUAGGAGUAUGGGGUCACGUGAAGAUGUAACAAAAAAUUCUCAUAACAGACCUUCAAGAAAUGUGCAUAGAAUAAGGCUGUACAUAUUGGGACCCGGCGAAGGUUGAAGGGAGGAUAUACUGGAAGGAAUAUCUUUCAUUUGCUAUUUAACUCGUCAACAAUAAAUAUAUCAUCAAGUUGUAAAUAAGUUUAAACUUAAUCAUUAUUACUGUUUCUUUGUCACUCAUGUACAAAACUGUUUGAUUGCAGCCAGCACAAUGCCAUUUAGAGAUCAGUGUUUGUACUGGCACAACUACUUCCGCACACUUCAUCAGGUAAAUGCACUUAAUUCCCUGCGCAUGUUCAACAUACUCGCCUCAAAGAUGCGUUUGUCGUUCCUUUUUUAAGCCCCAAAAGUAUAAACGAAAAUUUCCCGAACCAUUAUGUACCAUCAUUCUCAUAGUCCCUCACUGCCUGUGACUUAAGCGGACCAGUUACGAGACAUCUCUCGACCUCUCCAUAGACUUCAUGUUCAUCUCAAAGGCGCAUUCGAGGAGGUUUGUAAGGGGGGAGGGGGGGUGUGGGGGGAAGCGCGGAGGAGUUUUAAGCUCCAGGUCCUUGAUCGAAAAUUUCUACAAAAGUGACAACCUACAAUGAUAACAAUAUAACUUUUCAACGCCCAUUACCAGUCAGGGCCACUCUUCUGGACAGUCUCAGGGCCCUCUAGUUCAUUUUCAGAGAUAAAAUAAUUGGCAAAAUUCCCCAGUCUGAAAAUAUUUUGUGUCAGCCAUAUCCAUAAAACAGUCUUAUUAGUUUGAAGCUCAUGCACCAAGCAUUUUUUUCAAGUGGCCUAUGCUUGUUUCUACAGGCUCCUCUUGUCACGUGGUCAAUGGAACUUCAAAAGGAGGCGGAAGAUUGGGUAAAGUAUCUGGCAGAAAACAACAAAUUUCAUCACAGUGCCAACAAUCCCGGGAAUUUGUACUUGGCAAGUGACAGACCCAAGGAGUAUUGCAGUGACGCUGUUCAGUGGUUCCACUGGGAGGAGAAGUUUUAUAAUUAUAGCAAUCCUAAAUACUACAAGGCAGCUGGACAUUUUACACAGGUAGGCUCUGCGGUAGAGAUAUACUAGUGGAAAUACAGAUGUAUGGGUUGCUUCAUAUUUGGGGUGGUGCAGUUAAGUCAAAGUAAAGAUGCAUACGAUAUGGAAGUUGUAAAGUGCGUUAAAAUGUGUUGUGCACAAGCCUUCUUUCGAAAAUAGGUAUUUAUUUCAGUCAUAGCUUAGAAACUUUUUUAUGUUGAAUCAGGUUUGCUUUCCUUUUAAAAGUUUCAUUUUCAUUUAGUAAUCUGUGAUUCUAGUUUAAAAAGCUUUUAUCCUGGGAAAAGGGGUUAAUUAUAUGCAAUAGAAAUCAUAACCUUAACAGAAUCACCUCAGGGAACGGGGAGGGGGGAAUAUGUGUAUGUGCUAUUCAUAUCAGCAACAUUCGCUCGUGAACAGGUGUUUAAAUGGGAUCUUUGUUCCAAGAUAAAACUAUGCAUAGCCGCUACCCGCAUCAGUUUCCCGUUAAAAACGAUUGUUACUUAACAGCAAUAUCUAUUUAUGAGUACACUUCUUUUUUUUUUUGCGAUUUCUCAGGUGAUAUGGAAAAACUCAAGACAAAUUGGGGCUGCUUGGGCUAUUCGUAAGGACAAAAGGCUUGUUAUAUCGAUCAAGUACAAACCUGGCGGUAACGUCGUCAACUAUUUUGGUAAAAAUGUUCUUCCACCAACCGCUGCUCUCUUGGGACCAGAAUGGACGCGAGUUCCACCGAAGUUUACUAGGUGUCCGAGUUUGAUUACUACAACUGCUGGCACUAAGAAAGUGGGAACUAAGGAAGAGGGAACUAUGUCGGACAUAUUCGCCGCAUCAGAGAGGACUGUGUCAAAUAUUGUGAACUUUACCGGUUCUCUUGUUCUUGCAAUGUUAAUUUCUUAAUAUUCUUUAUACUUUGUAAGCCCCCGCACGGAUGGAUAGGUUCCCUGGUUUCAAGUAAUUUUAGUUGCUAACCCUGUGUUUUUGGGUAGAUGGUUUCCGAGCGACACAUCUCUGAGUUUAAUGGUUAUUUAUUUAAUUCAAAUAUAGAUAUAUGAAAACUUUUACAACGCCAGGUUGCCACCUUAAACGGAGGGUUUUUAGUUCCAGGUUUUUAAUCGGAAAUAAUGCAAAAAUUCUGAAAUUGUAUACAAGGUGGAACAAGAUUCAGUAGUACAAAUAUUGUUCAUACCUAAGUAAGUUAAGUUAAGUAAGGGGGUAAGUUUCUGAAGAAACUAUGGUGCUACGUCGUUGGGAGAGUGUAACAGGGUAAUUUAGUAUUAUCAACUGAGUUGAUAACGUAAAUUGGCCACCGUAAAUAAUUUAAAAGCUUUAUGGUGGCCAAGUUACGUUAUCAAUUCAGUUGAUAAUACUAAACUACCCUAUAACUUGUAAAUAGGUCCAGACACAAGAUUUAUUGUCUUAUACUGAGGUGAAUAAUGGUGACAUAUUGUGGAUAAGCACGAGUUGAACACUAUUCAAUAGAACCACUUAGAAAGGAGAUAAGCGAUUACAAUUGUUUCAUACGACGAUCACGGCGCGCGCUGGCAAGGCAAUAUUUAAGGCGCUGUGCUUGCAGACAUUGCCUCGGAAUACUAUCAGCAGUCUGUUCCAAUGUAGAAUAUGAGGGGAAUCUUAAAAAGUUAGUUUGCUUAGGCAGAAAAAAAAAACACAAAAUGAGAAUAAUAAGCAAAAACGAAAUGAGGAGGGUUAAGAAUAAAGGGAAAUUAGCACGGAUUGAAAACGAAAAACUUGAGAACUUUGGGCUUAGCUUCAUACAUUCACAAACAGCGAGGCAGCGUCUUUAAAGGAAUGUGGAUGUUGACUAAUUUCCUGUCAUGCAUGGUAAUGUACAAAUCAAACACAACAUAAAAAGAUGCUCUGUUCCAAUGUAAGGAACGUUAAUAAUGUUUUCAAAGCUCCAUUACAUGUAAGUAUUGAAAAAAUAUUUUAAAUGGAUCAAUAAAUUUUCAUUGAUGAAUAUAAUUUAUGUGAUUGAUGAGAGAAACUUAAAUUAAGUGUUCGAUGUGACCAGCUCUUCCACUUCCGGGGUGUCGAUUUCCCUUUCCCAAAAUUUCAAGGCUUUCGUACAUCCCACGCACUCAUUCUCCUACGCUUUCCUCUCCAUUCUUCAAAGUAUUACGUUACCAAUGUAAUAUGUAUGGUUCUGAAAAUUAAUAGGGUUACUUAUUUCGCUUGUAACUGAAUACAUGUUAGUCUGAUUUUCUGCUUAGUACCGGCAGCUUAUCACAUCCAUUUGAAUAUAUUCCGCUUUAACAAUAAGCCAGCAGUCAUAGAAAUGUUCUAGCGAAGUCAUCGUAAAGUUGUUUGACUUUGUGUAAAUAACAGCAAGCUACACCAUACACAUCAGGUUUAAAAAAAAGCACAGGACUAGUUAACACCCACUAACUGUCUUUGUCAUUUGGAGAGAGCGCGGUGAGUGUAGUAAAUUUGAGAGUUUCAAUGUGGUUUAACCGUCAGCUGUUCACUGAAAAAGGAUCUUUGCGAUCUAUUAUCGUCCAUACGAGUGCUAAGCUCGACUUAAGGUGUUUUGGUAAUUAGGGAGGAGUUGGACUGACUCAGCCGGAUAUUUAAGGCGUGAAUAGUGGUAAGAGGUCAAGGGUUUUUUUUUCAUGACGCGUGCUGAAAAUGUUUUUUUCUUACUCUAACCAAGAUCUUCCUCAUUGAUUGACUGAGUAACGUCAACGAUCGUUGCAAGCUAUUGUAUUCGCUCUUUGAUUACUGUUAGCGUCUUGAGUAAGCCUGCCCUAUCGCGUCUAUGAUAUAAAAUUAUUUUAAAAAACAUCUGAAUUGAAUCCUUUAUUUGCCGGCUAUAUCUCUUUAAUAUGCCAGGUAUCAUUAGACCGCAAUAAGUCUUCGGCUUCUUUUUCUUUUUUCAGAACUUCCUAUGGCAGGUAAGAUCUAUCAGUGACAAUGUUCUUCGCAGUCAAGAGUUAUGAGCGAAUCUGGGUCCAAAUUGUUGGAAAGUCUUUGAAAACAAUUCCGCAACAUAAUCUGCCGAACACGCCGUUUCAUGUUUCGAAUAGUUUUCGCGGAUUGUAUAAUUACUGCUGCAUCGUUUGGACUGAUAAAACUUAACUAACAGUCUCGAUCAUAUUAGAGCUUUAUAAGUCUCCUGGCUGAACAGAUCAAUAUCUACACUGAAAACAAUGUCGGGUACAUCUUACGAUUUGUGCUUUCCCAAAUAGUUUGACAACGACUAGGUUGCGGAAACGUGGAAAAUGAGCUUCUUGUAUUUCUUCUUCGUAUCGGAUAGUUUGACUUCUCUCUCUCUCUGUUUUAGAGUUCUGUAUUCGGUAUUUGGUCGGAGAUUUAUUCCUGUUUUCCUUUUAUUCUACGCCGAUCCAAUUCCCUCAAUAAUGUCAAGAAUGUUAAGCUUUUUGUUCAUUGACACACUUCAUAACUAAGAUAAGGGGGGGCAUGGCUUCCUUUAUUGCUUUUUAGGAGUAUUAAUUUUGUUGUUUAUGAAAAUUGUGACUCGAGAGAUAAAAUCUUUGCAUGAAAUGUUAAGACAUCUGCGCUAGUCAUACAUGGUUUAAGGUGUCCGGCAGUGACAUUGAGUUAUUUUAGGAGUCUUCCUCCAAAAGUUAUCUCACUGUUCUGCCAAAACACUUAACCUAAAAGGCCACUCGCAUAUAUCAAACUGAGAUAAUAAGCCAUUCCCGGCUUUUCUUUAGCGAAGGCUAGUGUGUGAAGUGCUAACAAGGGCUAUCAGUCUGCUGAUAGGAUAGAAUCUAAUUGCCCUUUCCAAACCUUCGUUCAUUUUUCUAGGACGGUUUCACAGAUUAGUUUCUAAGAAUAUCUAAGCUGCAGCUUUAAUUUCUAGGGGAGAACUUGCAAAGGCAAGUUCAUAUACUUUUUAUAACAGGAACAGAGUACAAUAUUGAUACAGUCAACAAAGUCUCGCCAGUACAUUUCAACGUUCAAUUAAUGCAGUCUCAAUGUAGUAUUUCCCAUGGGGUUGGACGCGGUCCUUAAGAGUAUAGUAGAUAGAGGGGGUAACCAGAUGCCAUUUGGUAUUAUACGGUAUAUGUAUGCUUAACUCAGUGGUAAGGAAAAGUGUCAACUCUCUAUAUUCUUCUCUAAGACUGGAUUGUUGUGCCCGGGCUUCACCCUUUGUUCAAACGCAAGGAGGCAUGCUCGAGUUACUUAUUUGUAGCGUUAUUUGUGAUUCAACUAAGAAAAAGUCGGGAUCGUUAGGUAUUAUCUUUUUUGAGGAGCACUUUCUUCUUUCGAGCAUUUUAAGACUUAAAAAAAACUCAAUCAAAGACUCAUAAAGCCAGAGGGGUGUUAGGUGUUUUCGUAUUAUUGUACGUAGUGUCCAACAAAAUACCCCCAGGCGGCAUAUUUUCGGUCACAUGUUACUGUUAAUAUAUAACCGUUUCAACAAGUCUGCUUGAAACGUAAUGAGAUAUGCAUACAAGAAUCGAACCUGUGGUGACAUCUCUUUCGGUAUUGUUUCUGUUGUAGCUGCUGCCAUUUCACUCGAACGUUUCAGUCGUCGUUCAGUCGUACAACCAAGAAACCAAUGAAGAUAUCACAGCUUAUAGUUGUGGUGAUUCCGUUUACAGGCUUCUUGAAUUUGUGCUCAGGUAUUUAUUUUUCCUUUACGUUCCUUGUGUAUGUGUGUACCUUGUGUCUGCUUAAAAUAUAUGAUAUGAGUGCAUGUACAAUACUAUCUGAAGAGGGACAAAAAAAACAUUCAGAAAGCGGUAAGGAAGAAGUUAAUCUAGGCAACUGGAUAUCUGUAAGCAUAAAAAUAAUCAAUCGUGACAGAAUAUUCAGUUCAAACUAAAUGGAAUCAUGCCGACGAUAUAGAGUAAUUUUCAUAAGUAGAAAAUAGAGAUCUUGCAUAAUCGGAGUGAGCUAAUUGCUCCAGCUGCGUAGGAUGUCUCUAAAAUUUGCCGCGAUAAAAACCGCCAUACUUCGAUGAGGCUUUAUAAAAAAAAAAAAACGGUCAGGUCUUCGGUCUCGUAAUCCGAAGAGCGAAACUAUAGCUGAGAAAUAAUUUUUGUUAAAUAGCCUUUCUUUUUAUAUGUAUUCCUCUUAUGCAUAUUUUAUUGAUCACUCUUAAUCGCUGGUCAUCGAUUGCAUUGAUAAAUACACAAGGAGAGAUGAGGCAGAUGAAGGAGCAAAUUACUGUGGGUGAAUAACUUGGCGCAAUCACACGCGCGCAUCAAGAAAAGAAUACAACGAAAUUAAACGAUCUUUCUAUUUUCAACUAUAGAGGUUCGCUUCAUUGAUUUUCAUUGUGUUGCCAACACUCAGGAGAGUUCAAUAUAUAGAGACCGCUAGUUCCGGUAUUUUUAAGUCGGUUUUAUGUCUGCAAAGCAUCGUGGGUAUUCACAUCUAUUUUCUCUAAACCUGACUGCCCUGUCGCUUAUGAAAGAACUUUAUAAGCUACGCUUGAUAUAAAUUUCUCGAGGGUUCUCUCCAUUUUAAAGUGCUUGUCUUUAAACGUUACGCUUUGUCUUUGAGUCUUGUGUGCUUUCUUUCUUCGAUGAGAUACAAAUGAUCGAUAUUAUGCUAGUUUUAAGGCAAUUUGUGUAAACAGUGGUGCCCUCAAAGUCAUCACGUUUUCAUAAAAAGUUCAUUUUACUUGCUAAUGAUAUCUCUUUUCUCAUUUCGUAACUCUAAAUUAAGAAAUAAAUCCCAUCGAAGAUUUUUCUCUUAGGCAUGUUUGAUCUUCUGAAAGUGAAUAAGACUCGUAUGACACCUAGACUAAACUUGAUGACACUUUAAGUGGAUAAGUGUGGCUGGGUGACAUAUUUCGGCCUUAACAUUGCUUUAAGACUAAGAGGGAGAAGUUUGAUAUAAAAAUAUGGAUGCAUUUUUUUGUGCUAGUCUGUCAAAAAUGCAUUAGAAAAAGUUGCUUUUGGCAAGCAAGUAAGUAGACUUAACACUUUUUUUUAACUUUUCAUGAAUGUUACUCGCUGAAAAUUAAUGAAAAGCCUAAUUGGCUCAGACCUAUUUAGAAGGAAUUUACUCCAUGUACGGGUAUAUGCUUACUAAGACUUAAAAGUGAUCCUGAUAAGCCUAUGUGAAACAAUUUGUAUGCGGCGUAAAGAUGAAAUUCUGAAUGACGAGGAAGGGGACCCCUUUCUAAUAAACUUCUCAAGAUCAGACCGGUCUGACUGAUUUGUUGAGCUACUAGCUGUAGACAGAUCUUAAAGUUGAGCUCAAUGCUCAGUGGAGUCCUGCGGAUUCAUGUUAUAACUUAAUGGUGUCCUUGGUAACAGUUGUUUUGAUAAUUACUGUCAAUAACGUUAAAGCAUUAGAUCAACGAAUCAAAACGAGGAGAAAAAUAUUAAGUUGCAGGUCUCAUCCUGUACCAUUCAACCCAACGAGACGAACACGACGCAGAGCAGGCAAAUAUAUUCGUCUUAGUACAUGUGUCAUGCAUUUUGUGGAAGGAGUUUACGAAAUUGUCUUUGAAUUCUGUUGUGACCCUAGCGAUGCUCUCUUAGAACAAGCUACUUGUUAAAGGAACGAAAUUUCACUGAGUUUCCGGUCCUCAAGUUCGAGGUAAAAUCUGUUUUCAUAUACGCAGUUGAUUUCUAUUCUCAGAUAAUUUUUUUCCUACUCGGUGUUCUUACAAGUAAAUUAACUCAUGAAAACAAUUUUGGGAUUUUUCCUUGAUUAGACGUGAUAAAAGUGGGUUAUAACAGAGUCAUAGUAAACAUAUUCCUUUCAACCAAGUACUUGACCUCUCGCUGACUCAACUUAUAGUGAAAAAAAGGAAUCAAAACUGUGAAUAAAUUCAUCAAAAAAAGUAAGGUCUCGUAAUGAAAGAUCACAAAACUUAAUGCAUCAGAAAUCGGUAAAGAAAACUGAAAUGGAAAGUGUGAUGAUUCGGUUUCCUACAUUCCAGAACCUCAGGAAUCGACAAGUGGUAUAAUCCAGUAUAGACCACAAGAUCGGUUUGAGCCAAUUUUCUGUCAAAGUAUGUCAUCAUUUACCGAUGGACGUACGUCACUGAGACCUGAAUCAAGUUUGGAUAAAAGCUACAACAACUAGAACUUGAUACGUUCAAACUUGAAUCGAGAGCGCGAGGGAAAGAGCUGUUAGAUUUAUUGCAUAUAUAUAUACUGACCCAAAGGAGUGGUCUGUGCGACUUAAUAUGCUGAGUGAAGCCAUGCAAAUUAUUUUCUUGGUGACCGCCUUGGCUGCCAUUCUGCCAAUAGCAACAGGUAUGUGUGUGUUAAAUCUUGUGUAUUUUCGUUAUUUUUUACGCAAUCUGACAGUAGAUGACUGAUUUGUCUACGACUUGUAAAAAAAAUCUUUCUGGAGUCCAUUAUUCCGAGUUACAGUUUUGUUUUAUUGGUCAGUCAAGUUUAUCUAAACUGACCAAAUAAUCCAAGAUUGGAAACGAAAUAUAGCGGAAGUGUAAUCAUGAAUUUCCUGCAUCAAAUGAAGCAUCGCUUGCGAUGUGUAACUGCUCAUGCAACUUCGUGAAAUCCUUAAAUAUGCAACGAAGGAAGCUCGAAAGCAAUGCUGCUUGACAAUCGCUUUUUCAAUCUUCUCUACGGAUAUAUUAUUUCUAGACCUCAAACCUUUCAUGACAAGUUAUAAAUAAGCUUUGAAGGCGGUAGAUUGUGCAAUCUUACACGAGCAUUGUAUUUUCCUUCUUCGCCUCGCCCAGUUGAAAGAGUGACGCACAACUUGCCUCUGUGUAUAUGAUUUCCACACUUUAAAUACCGUGACUUAUCUCGUGGACAAUAAAAAAAAGGGCCGGAUGAUUCCUUUGGAAAGAGUUUGCGAUUGUGUUUAUACUUCGCACCGUUUCCUUAAUGAAUGGAAUCGGAAACCAAACAAAUACUGAGCUGAUUUGAAACUGGCUUUUCCUUCAAAAUACGCUGAGAUGAUUCUUGACAGUCAACUUUAUUGAGACAAGAAGUUCAGUUCUUCAACGCGUGUAAGACUUAGCGUACACACAGACUCACAAACGAUAGGCAAAUAAUAUGCUUUUGCUUAACCUGGUUGACUGUGUCUGUUGAUUUUAUUGUUAUGUUUACUUCUUAUUGCCGAGGAACGUUUUUUUGUCACACUUUCACCUUAAUUUGAAAGAUCUUAUUCGCAGACCAAAUCAGUUCCAGCAGUAGGGGCAAAUUGAAAGUUAUGACUUGGACCGCCAUCGGUUCUCUAAUUUCGUGAGGUGGUGUUUUUUUUGUUCAUUUUAAAUAACUUAAGUCUUCGUGUAUUUUAGUUCGAAGAGGUUAAAAAAAUAGAAAUAAGGAUAUUGACCGAGACUGACACACUUCGUUGUUUGAAUUCUUCUUUCUGUAAAUCAAUAAAAUUAUUUUAUCUUAUGAACCAUACAGUGGCUACUAUGUAAAAUAAUGGGGUUAACGUAUCUUACCAAGAAAGUGAACCAAUUAUAAACAAAGCUUAUCGUAACUUUUCAACACUCAGGCGUUCUUCGCCCUUUUUAUGGUUAACUCUUUCAAGUUUUGUUUUCCAACUCGUUUUCACCAUUGUCUUCUAUGUUUUGACUAGCGGGUGAGGGAAUUUCUUUGUUAUCAAGUUGGUUUUCUCUGAGAUUAAAAGACUUAAGUUAACUUAAGUUGUCACGUGAAGAUUAAGAACAAUAGUCCAGAUUUUUGAGACAAGUGAUUCAUUAAAUUUCAAUAAGGACGCUUCCGCUCUGUUUUUUUUUUACUAAUUUUUAUAAAUUCAUAACAAUCAUGAUUGCAGGAGCAAUGACGUUUAAAGAGCAGUGUAUUUAUUGGCACAACUAUUUUCGGACACUUCAUCAGGUAAGAAAAGAAACAGAGGCAACUGGAUUGACAUGUAUGACAUUUAGUAUAAUUAUUUCUGAUUGCAGUCAAUUAAUAUGCAAUCAGACAUUGGACCCUCGUAAUCACUGCUUCAAAAUUUGAUCAUGCAGGUGUUCAUAGCAGUUUUCGAAUGGCAGCUUCAUCGCUGCUUACAAAACAAUAGAACUCGAAUAUAUGGUGCGUCGAACAGCUCGGCUAAGUCACCAAAGUAGAUGACGUGAAACAAAAGAUUCGAGGGUAAAUGAUCAUUGCACACAGCAUAACUCAAAAGCUACUCCCUCAAGUUUUAUCACACUGAGAAAUGCUUAUUUAAGUGUAACGUUUGGACUCUGUUUUUAAGGUUCCAAAUGUCACGUGGUCGAUGAGUCUACAAAAAGAAGCGGAAGACUGGGUAAAGUAUCUGGCAGAAAACAACAAAUUUCAUCACAGUGCCAAGAAUCCCGGGAAUUUGUACCUGGCAAGUGACAGACCCAAGGAGUAUUGCAGUGACGCUGUUCAGUGGUUCCACUGGGAGGAGAAGUUUUAUAAUUAUAGCAAUCCUAAAUACUACAAGGCAGCUGGACAUUUCACACAGGUGAUUCAAGAGUUGGGGACAAAUUGAGUUAAAAAAGCUGUAAUGUUGUUGUUAUUUUACGAUAAAAGCUUCAUAAACGUCGUACCCUAAAGACUUUGAAUGGUCGAGAAAAGCUUUUUGUAUAACUUGAAUUAAAUUUUUUUGUGUGCAAUCCUUCUUUAGAACCUCUUGUUUUAUCCAAUAGAAAACUAGCUCCUUAUAAUUUGUAGUGUUUGCACGCGUGUCUAAGCUGGAAAGAAAGAAAAAAGUCAGUUUUUUUUUUUGUAAGACACCCGGCGGAUUGACAGAAAGCGCCCUUCUGCCCGUUUUACAAAAUUGAAAUGAAGUUAUGAUGAUAACAAAAAGGAAUUCGCACUAUUCGGUUUACUCUUUGUCUGUAUAGGGAUAGAACAGUAUUGUUGACAGCACACCUGAGAACUGUUGUUUGGUUAUCAUAGUCAAUAAGUGUGGCCAGGAGUCCAUAAUAACGGGCUCCUAGUAUGGAACAUUAUUCAUGCCUUAUAUCAUGUUUGUCACAUCUCAGGUGAUUUGGAUGAACUCGAAAGAAAUCGGUGCUGCUUGGGCCAUUCGAAAUGACAGUAGACUUGUUAUAUCGAUCAAGUAUAGAACAGGUGGUAAUGUCAUUGGCUACUUUCGUAAAAAUGUCAAACCACCAACCGCCGCUCUUCUACCCAACUGGCCGUAUGCUCCUCCUAGAUUUUCCAGAUGUCCAAUCAGAACUACUACCAUUCCGCCGACUACUACCAUCCCGCCAACUACUACACCCAUCCCUACUAAGCCUGAUACAGGAGGUAAAAUAUAAAGAAUAGCCUCCAUUUAGUGCAAAAUUAUGCAAGGAUAUAUGUCUGGGGACAUCAUCUGUUCCGAGAUGCGAAAACUGUGAGUUUCGAGGAACAGGUAAUGUCCAAGGACAAAUAUACGCGCAUAUUUUCGCGCGAACUUGAGACUAUUACGUUCAUUAUCCUUCAAAUAUUUUGCAACGCGCGUUACAAAAUUUUUACAAAUAGCCUCCUAUUUCCUGUGUGGGAUGUUUUCUUUUGAAUGUUCUCUGAUAUGACUUUGGAGCAAACAAAAAUUUUCCUUCUUUUGUAGCAACCACUAAACGCUCUUUCAUUUUGAGUUAAACUCUAAACGAAGACUUAUUGAUUGGGUGAUAUCUUCGGAUAUCCGCUAGUUCUGGCUGUGAGAUAUUCGGUCACGUGAUGCGUUUAGACCAAUCGUGCGCGAGAAAUAAUAUAUGAUUGAUCAUAAAUAAUUAUUAUGCAUAGCACGAGUAUAACAGGCGCAGUUAUGUAUCUCUACAUAAGUAGGAUUAUUCUGAAACUUAGGGGAGUCAAUUUUGUAGAAAGUGGCUCCUUUCCCGUCUAAUCAAUCCCACAGUUCACUUCCACUGACCUUUCACCUCAUUAAGUGUUCAUGACAGUCGAUCCCUUGAUGCCUUACGCUCCUUUUACGCAUGCGAUGUUCUUUUCUUUUUUGACUCAGUUAACGCAACACGCAUUCAUUUCAGUAUAGGAAAUGUGGCUGUCUCUUUACAGAAGCGUGCACAAUUAACUUCAUGUUAAAGGAGACCUCAAAGUGACUUUCAAGUGGUGAACCCAUCUGAUCAUUAUGUUCUCUUCUAUUCUAGGUACAUUGCCAUUCAGAGAUCAGUGUCUUUACUGGCACAAUUACUUCCGGACCCUUCAUGAGGUAAAUAGACUUUGUUUAAAGCGAUUUUUCCAGGAGGAACGCAUUUAAUAACAUAAGGACUAAAAACAAUGAGAAACACUUUUGAUCACUGUUAUGUUGUAGUUUUACCGUACCUACAAAACGACACCAAUUCGAAGUUAUUUACUGUAAUCCACUCAGAAGAAAUAGCGCGUCAUUAUAUUUAUCUUAACGGCAUAAAUAUAGUAAGAUAGAUUUUGUUAACACCCGACUACAACGGGUUCUUAAAUUUUGCCAAUUUGUGUUUCAAAUGUCUAAGGUUCCUUUCGUCACUUGGUCGCUGAGCCUUAAAAAAGAGGCGGAAAACUGGGUUAAGUAUCUAGCAGACAACAACAAGCUUGAAUUCAAGAAUAAUUCUGGGAACUUGUACUUGUCAACGGAAAAACCAAAAGAGUACUGUAGUCAAGCUAUAUGGUGGUUCCAUGGCCAAGAGAGAUAUUACGAUUACAAAAAUCCUCGUUACAUCAAAGCAGCACGAAACUUUACGCAGGUGAGUCAAAAAUAAAAAAGUUCAGCGGGCUUUGAAUUGCAUUUUUGUGAUCCACACAUCUCCCUUUCCAUGAAAAAUAAUGUUACUCUAUAGAAUAUCGGUAGUAAGUAGUUCAGCAGCCCACAUUGUGUGUCGUAAAAUUGUUUAUAGCCUAAAUAGUGCACUCCUAACUCUUCUUUAUCUGAAUUUUAGCUUAUUUGGAAAAGCACGAAACAAAUUGGCGCCGCCUGGAAAAUCCGUAAGGACGGAAAGCUUAUUGUGGCCGUCAUGUACGACUCCGAAGGUGGGAACGACAAAGGUAAUUUUGAAGACAACGUUUUCCCUCCCUUUGCGGAAACUUUGGGUCCAGAUUGGUUGCGGACCCCUCCUAAAUCUUCGAGGUGUCCAAGAGAAAACAUUGUGACACGUCCCACUAAUGAGUCCAUCAUUUCAACAAGACCUCAUGUGAGAGCAGCAGCGGAAAGACCUUGCAUUAGCUUGGACCUCUUCAUUACAUUUGUCAUACUUGCAACCUAUUUCUGGUAAACGGAAACUAAUUCAUUUGAAUAUUUGAAACGUUUACUGAUUGCCCUUUGAGACUUCAGUGUCUUCCAAGCACGAAUCGCACUCUAUCGUACGAUACGGUUCUCCAAGUUUUGUGGUAGAGCAGUUCGUUUUUCGUAGAAGAGUACAAGCAGAUUCAAUAUGCUGAUUCUUGACUUGGAAAUAGCGAGCUUUCUAUUGUAAAUAUUAGAUAAUUUCCGAUGAAUAUUUAGUUAACACUAAGUUAUUUAUUGAAAAUUACACUGCAUGUGAGAAGGACGAAUGCGAGUAAUAAUAUUGAUGAUGAUUAGCCUCGGUGCAGGCAUCUCCCAUUUUCCCCUAUCAUAAAUGAUUUCGUAAAGUAAUAUUUACAACGUUAUAAUUAAAGCUAUUAAUAUUUAUCUGCGUUACACUUCUCGAUAUACGGUAAAAAGGAUUAAUUUACCAGAGUUAGAGUAAGGUUUCGUAACGAAACACUUCUGAUGAAUCUGUAUUAACGGAUGACAUAAGGACAAUUAUAAAAACUGGUCGGGGAGGUGGGGGUUUGUCCGUCCAUUAUUCCUUAAAAUGAAUUUCAAUUAAUUCAUGAGAAGAGCAAAAUUAUCAAAAAUCACAGUUUCGGAAUACCACCGGUGGUUAACCCUUCAACUCUUAAGAUGUAAUUGUUAAUUAUCCUCUGUAGCUGCUCAACAUUUCCUUGUAAAUUAGUUACGAGAAUUUGGUGUUAAAUCAAGAUAACAGCUAUUACCUGAACAGUUUAAAUAUUCUCAUUACAUGUGUACUGGAUUAUGUAUGGAUAUUAUUGGGAGAAGUUACAUGUUAAUCACCUCUGGAAGUUAAAGGGUUGACGAAGUAACACGUUUUCAGUCAAAGCACAAUCAGGUAUGUUUUUCUUCAGCCGAAUGUACAUAAAUAUAUAACGACUGUCGGAUGAUGGGAGGAUGAUAUCGAACAACUAAUAUAUGAUUUUCCUCACAAGUAUGAAGUAAUGCACAGAAAUGAUAUGAUAACGAACAUUGAUGAUUACUUCAACCUACUUUGUAAAUUAUGUUAAAAACUCAAGCAAUGAAAUUAAAACUGUUUAAGUGUCUAAACUAUGACGUGUGUGGGACUAUGAUUCUUACAACCACUCCAUAUAUGCCUCUUUUGCACAGACAGGUGAGAACGUUUGUUUAGUCUCAAAGCGUAUGUACCCCUCUUUGUCUACUACGUGCACUGUGUGCAUGUCAUGUUUGGAUGUGGAACAAACUGGGAUAGCUGCUUUCCCUUCUCCUUCUUUUACUUUUCUACUAACCUCUUUCUAGCUACCGAUGUCUAAAAGUGUUGUAGAACCUCGUAAGCGUGCAAGAAACUAUAGCGUAUCAGACUCAGUUGUUGAAAUUUUGUAGAGGGUGUCCCGCCACAAUUACCCAGUUCCCUGACUUCAUCAUAGACCUCAACAAGUCAAGUCACAUAUCGGUUAUCGGUCUUAACGCCUCACUACUUCCCUCUUACAGUGCUGUAGUUGUCUCAAGACUCCAUGUUUAACCCAAAUGCAUUCUCCGACUUUGUAAACUGCUGAGUUUUUGUCACGUGGCCAUCUUCCUCCCCUUUGCAUUUUGAUGUAGAGAAAUAUGCAUCACUACAACUUUUUCAGGGUACUUAGCACCUUUGCUUAUGAAGGAGGGAGCAGUGAAGUUAUCUCAAAGAACUAAUACCAUUUGAUUACAGAGCAAGCAGAACUUGCUGCAUCGUGUACUUUGCUACAUUUUUUACAUUAUAAUCUACUGGAUAUGACUACGCUGGAAAAAAUGUGGGCGUGAUUAUAACCAAUGGUCGCAUCAGUUUCUAAAUGUCAAAAGCUCAGCAAGCACUUUUGACAACAACUCAGUGUCAACAUUGAAACAAAUUAACAAAACAUAAUUAAAUCAACUUUAACAAAAGCUUUCGAAAACGGGCGUGUGUAAACUAACUAAUCAGUUAUAAGAUGUUGAGUUACUCAGUUUCCACACGUCUCGAAUACCACUUACUGAGAACAGAGAUAGGAACAUAGAUUUCUGCGUAGGGUAAUAACUACACAUAAUGGUAACGUCGAGUAGUGGUUUUGGUUUUUUUUGUAGUCUGGUGAUAUCUUCGUCAGUGUUUACGAAUGUAGGUGAGUAAUAUAACACAUUCACAUCAUGCAGAUCAGUUCACAGGAUUACAUUUUAUUAAAGCAGCUUGGCGACACCGUUGAGAGUCUCCAGGAAUGUGUCAAUAACGCGAGGAACAGAACAGUUGACUGUAUUAAGUCAGCAGUAAGGCUGGAAAUCUAAUUGUAAAAGUAUACUAGCCUGUAGCUAUAUUAUUUAAGGUUUUUUUUUUUAAAUAUGCAUUUUUUUUCAUCUUAAUUAGUGGGACAUUCGUAGCAUGGUGCGUCAGCGCUUUUGUUUGUCUCCUUUUCCAAAAUGUUUCUUUAAUGUAGUGAUAAAUUUAAUACAAUUUAGUGUCUUUUUUUGUAAUCUAGUGGAGUGAAUCUAAUAUAAACAAAAUGCUCUGGAUUGAUUUAGUUCUCAGGUGUCUAUAGUGUCGGCUUGGAUAUAAAAACUAACUGAACAAAAUAUUUGCAUCACUGUUUUCGAUCCAUCGAAGAUUAUUUCGUAAUUUGCAUUUUUAGCAUUACUAGUUUGACUCAACACAAAGAAAGUAAUCUUAAAAAGAGUAAACAAGCUCAGAUUAUGUCCCAUAAGUUGACUUUCUAAUCAAAUGUUUUGACAUGUUAUCAACUCUUACUUUCGCACAGGCAAAUAACUCCAAAAUAUUGCCUAAAUUGUCCUUUUUUCAAGAACAUUUAGAAGCUUCAUGAGAGGAUGCGAGAGACAUUUAUGUUCUUUCUUCAAUUUGAUGAAUUCAGUUACAUCCAAACGCCAGAAUUAAUAAAGGAUCACAUUCUUCAGUUGCCAAAGGAAGUUAGAGAGACUCAUUCAGAAAAUAUUUUGACUGGUUUGACACCGUACCUUCUUUAAGAGGACGGACGUGCCACACUUUGUUUCUUCAAAAGUUUUUUUUUUUUUUUGAUCCAGAGCGACAGUUUAUUUUAGUUAAGUGGUCUUGGAGAUAUGUUGUGAAUAGAAUACCAUCUUUUAUUUAUCGCAAACGGAACUAAGCGUUUUUACGAUGAAUGAUUAUGGUUGCUGUCACCAAAAAAGCUUUCACUCAGUCAGUCAGUUAAUCAGUCCAAUAGUCAAAGGGUCAGUUUAACAGAUAGAAACUCGUUUAAGUCAGUCCUCCAAUCGUUCUUUCUUUCAACUAUUUAUCCACUAAUUCAUCCAUCCAUUAAUUUAUUCAUCCAUCCAUUUGGUCAGUAAGUUAAGUAGUCAUUUGAUUGAUCAAUCAGUUAGUGUCUCGAUCAAUGACAAUCUUUUUUGUUCAUCCAAUUUAUACACAGGCUCUUUAAACUGCAGACAACAGUCGUUGUUAUGGCAUAAUUACUACAGAGGAAUUCACCAGGUUAGUGCGGCUAUUCAGAGGUAGGGUUUCUGUAUUAGACAUGGUUUGAAGCUACUCUGGUUUAUGUAUUUAAUGAAUGUAACCGAAGAAGUUACGAUUCAUAGACCCAACGUUUCGACACUCCUGUCUAGUGCCUUCAUCAGGGGUGAUCUAAACGCUGCAACAAGCGGUCCUUUUAUACGAUCACUAAUUAGUGAUGGUGCUUGGCAAAUAAUCAGAAAAAAGGAAUCUCUUGAUUGUUAAACAAAUUCUCUUUGUCAGCACUAUAGGAAAUGCAUAGAGAACAGUACGGAGAGAAUGUAUACUGAUAUUAGGGUGUAAAAGGGUUAAUGUGUGAUUGGGGGGUGAUAUUGUGAGGAGAAAUUAGAUGCUGGUCACUCUUUGGGGUUAAAGGAUUGGAGGCUAGGCUACCUCCACCUAAUCUCAAUCGUGGACUUUACUAACGCAUUUCUGAUUUUUUCCCGUUAGGUUCCUAAUGUCUCGUGGUCAUGGGGUUUAAGGAAAAAGGCUAAAGACUGGGCGGAUUAUUUAGCUGAAAAAAAUUUAUUCAUUCAUGAAAAAGAGGAUCCAGGAAAUCUUUACUUGUCUCCAGGAAAACCUGCCGAGCCCUGUGCCGCUGCGGUGAAAGCAUUUUACACUGAGGAGAAAUUGUACGAUUACAGGAAACCGGAGCAGUUUAUGGGCGCUGGACACUUCACUCAGGUAAAAUAAACCAUCCGUGCAAGAGUUUUUUAGGCGGUUUCCCCUCAAUUGUGGCUCUACGAUACAUAUCUCACGGCAGGAAGUAAUACAGUAUUGUUUUUCUCCUCUUUCUUAGGUUGUUUGGAAAAAUACAAAGUACAUUGGCGCUUUCUACAAAACUAGACGUGAUGGCAAAACGGUCGUGGUUGUAAAAUAUUCUCCCGGUGGUAACGUACGAGGUUACUUUGCUAAGAAUGUCUUCCCUCCAAGAAAACCAGUAAUUGUGACAAGCACUAAGCAAUUCACUAGCGUGACAACAGACAAUCCCACAUCAGCUGGUAACACAACAUAUAGAAAUCUCACCACACUGGAAUCUAAACGAGGAGUUAUAGCCGGUGCUACAAAUCUCAGAAAAUGGAUAGGGAUGCACUUCGCAUUUGAGUGCUUUUUUGGGGGGUUCCUAAUUUCCUUGGUAGAUAUCUAAGGGUGAAUAUGACAACGGAUAAUGAUAGAAAGAAGGAGGUGUGUUAGGCCCUAGAGGUAAUGGUAUACUACGAAAAUGAUUACCUGAGUAUUGAAUUGUUAAAUAAAUCUUAAAAUAUUCCAUUCCUGGUCCAAAGACGUAAAAUUAUAAACCUUAAAUAGUACAAUAGUAUACUAAACACGUUUGGCCAACACUGAAGAUUAGUAGAGGAAGCAUAAUGAUCAACAUAGCAUAAAACAGAAUUUUAAAAAAAAACUGUGCGAGUUUUUCAGCAAAUAUAUAUAUAUUUUCUAACGUAACUUUCACAGGUAAAAAUCUUCGAUAGAACUUUUCAGUAGACACUGGUACAUAAUCCAUUUGUUUGAGUCAGGUAUCAAAAUAAAAACAGUG